AUGUCAAGUUUCAAACGUGCAUCAAAAAGAGAAAAAUCGAAAAAGGAUAUCGAUUACAGUUUACAAAUUAAUCGAUGGUUUCUCAAGCCAAUCGGUGCGUGGCCAGAAAUAAAUGCACCGAGUUCGAUGUGCAAAAUCAUAAUAUCAUUACAAAUUUCCAUUUGUUUAAGCAUAAUAGCAGUACCAACGAUACCGUGUAUAUUAUAUGUACUAUUUGAGGCAAAAAAUAUCCAGCAAAAAUUGAAUACCAUGGGACCACUGCUUAAUAGAUUUAUGAGCUCGAUGAAUUAUUGGGUGUUGCUCAAGCGUAGGGAUGAUAUUAAAAAAUUAAUACUACAUAUGGAGACAGAUUGGAAUCUGAUGCAAAGGAUUGACGAACGUGAAGUGAUGCUGCAACAUGCUAAGUUCGGCCGUUUUGUUACUAUAAUAUGUGGGCUAAUGAUGCAGGGCGGUAGUUUAUUGUUCGGCUUAGGGCUAUCUAUGAAAACUGCUACCAUCACCAUCGGUAACGAGACUUUUACAACACAUCUGACAACGUGUCCGAUUUACAGCAAAAUCAUCGAUAUGAGAUUUACCCCUCUGAAUGAGAUAGCGUUGGUUCUGCAAAAUGUGAUAAUAUUAAUUAUAAGUUUCUGUACUGCCGGUAAUUGCAGUCUGGCUGCUGUUUUCGCGAUACAUGCUUGUGGUCAGUUGAACGUGUUGUACGCGUGGUUGCAUGAACUAGUUAAAAACCAGACGGAAGAAAAUGAUAAUGCUCAACAAAAACUGGCUGCUAUCGUAGAACAUCAUUUAAGAAUAUUGAGCUUUAUAUCACAACUGGAAAGUAUUAUGAAUAAAGCCGCUUUUGUGGAAUUAACAGGGUGCACGAUGGCACUGUGCAUGCUUGGAUAUUACACUGUUACGGGUUGGGAAAUACUUGAUAUGACAAAAAUAACAUCUUACCUUUUUUCGUAUUUAUCAAUGAGUUUCAAUAUUUUUAUUUUUUGUUACAUCGGAGGAAUUGUUACAGAACAGUGCAAACUUGUCGGAGAUAUGGCAUAUAUGACUAAUUGGUAUAACCUACAUCACACAACUGCACGUGGUCUCAUUCUGAUUAUUGCCCGAUCGAAUAACGUAGUUAAGAUCACAGCGGGAAAAUUAUUCCAUUUAUCCAUCGCUACUUUUGGUGAUGUAAUUAAAACUUCGAUUGUAUAUUGCAAUUUUUUGCGAACAAUAACUAUGUAA